AUGAGCACAUGCACUCACAUCCUGCCAGUUCUGAUUCAACCUGUCACCUUUGGCAGCUCUGUUACCAUAUGGCACCAGUUGGAGCAGUGUGUGAGAAAGUGUGCCAUCCAGACAGAGCUUGGUAAAGAAAAGGGAAGGGAGAAAGAGGCAGAGAGCUCUCUCUUCAAAAGAAAGGCAGGGAAAAAUGAAAAAGAGGGCAGAAGACUAAAGAGAAACGGACUGAAGGUAUAUGGAAAGUUGCAGAAAGGAGACCAAGUGCCUGGAACACAAAACAGCCGCAUCCGCUUCUGGGAGCCCGUCAAGGCCAAGUACAAACCUAUCAAUUACAGAGCUGCCGGUUCCCAGCCUGCGGCACAGUCUUUGCCGUCUCCGAGAAACUCAAGAUCCACAGGUGUGCUCCUGCAUGGGAAAAGCCUUUCUAAAGUGAAUCUGAUGGCGGUGACCAGAACUUUGCCAGUAACAGUGACUGAAAGAAGCACUACCAUUUCCAUAGCAGAGCAAACAGGACAUACUCGUGAUCCAGCACUGAAAAGGCAACAACAGAAAAAUCCCCAGGGCUUGAUGGCAGCCACUAGAGUCAAAGGAAAGAGCAGGAGUGGCGUGGAAUGUGGACUUCCAGGCAUGUUCAUAUGUCAGCAUCCUGUCAUGGAAGGAGAAGGGGCCUACAGGGAGGGCCUGUUCAUCCCUGCGGAUGGAUAUGCUGUUAAUCAUUGCUGGGGGGAGAGAGAGGGAGGUGUUCCUCAAUGGUGUACCCACUGGGAAGGUGGCCAUGCUCCUGUAAGUCAACCCCUCCAUGCUCCUGUAAGCAGCCCUAAUGAACCCAUUGGGCCACCAAACAUAAUAAUAAAUUUUUUAAAACAUGAAAGUAGAAGUGGAAGAAUUCAGAAAGAUGAAGAUUGUGGGGAGUGGGACAGGGACAAGGCAGUAACAACCUGUAAACAGGAUUAAAAUGCAUUAUAUAUGUGUGUGAAAAUGUCAUAAUAAAACCCAUUAUUAUGUAUCAACAAAGAAUGAAUGUUAUGGGUUGGCCAGAUGGCUUGGUAGGUAAAGGUGCUUGUUGCCAAACCUGAUGACCUGAGUUUGACCCACAGAAUCCAUGUGGUGGUAGGCAACAGCUAAUUCCCACAAACUAUCCUCUGAUCUCCACGUAUGUGCCAAGACACAUGAACACACCCUAAAUGAAUAAAUGAUGAAAUAAGUGUAAUAAAAAUAAAUUUAGAAAAAGAAAAAGAAAAACCAGGACUGGGAACAUAGAUCAAUGGUAGAGUGCUUACCUAGAAUGAAUGAGUUCCAUUUUCAGCACUGAAAAAAAAAGUAAUAACAAAUAAAGAGAGCAAUGAAGCUGAA